GCAUUAUCCUGUUAAGAAUUCCAACCAUUCUCUCUCACACACACAUACACACACAAUCACACGCAGAGUGAAAGAAAAGGAGAAAGAUGAUGAUAUCUCUUAAGGCCAUUCAAAUCUCUUUGAUUCCAAAUUUAUUAAGAUCCAACAAAAAGAAGAUCUUAUUUCUAAGAUGCAAAUCCAUCAACUCAAAUCCAGGAGAAAACAACCCAACAGAAGGAGAUACCCGAAAACAAGAUCUUCUUGCCAGAAUCGCAAUCCUUCAAACCCAGAAAGUUCGUUUAACUGAUUUCUUAGAUGAACGAUCCUCAUAUCUAACUCAAUUCGCCGAAGAAGCCAGUAAUGAAUUCGACAAGAUUGGAGAAGAUGCUCUCAAAGAACUAAAUGAAGCUGAAUCCAGGAUUAUGGAGAACAUUGAAAGCAGAAUGCAAGCAUUUGAAGAAACUGCAGAGCAAGAGAAACUUGAAAUAGAGAAGAAUGAGAAGAAAUUAUUUGAUUUUGAAGAUGAAAUAGAGGAUGGUAGGAAUGAAGGUUUGUUUUUUCAGAAUUUGAGGGAGAAAAAGCCAGUUGACAUGGAGAAGGUUAAGGAAGAAACAGAGAAAAUUAAGGAGGUUACAGUUGACAUAACAAGAACAGACACUAGAAGGAACAUUUACAUUGUAUUUGUUGGGUUGAUUGUUGUAGCAAUUGUGGAUUCCUUAAUGUCUUCUUCAUCGGGAUGGGAGAAAACAACUGUUCUUGGGUUCAUAUUGGUGGGUCUACUUUCUCAACUCUUUUAUGAACAAAGGAAGUUGUUUGAAACACAAAUAACAACACAAGACAACAAAUCUAAGGAUGAUGAAAAUCAGUCCUGAAAUAUCCAUUUUUAUGACAUUGAAGAUAUAUGAUGUAAACAAUGCAAAUAUUGUGUAUUCAAUAAAUUAGAUUAGGGUUAUAUGUUCCAUUUAAA